CGCAAUUUAUGAUAAAGUGACGAUUGUUGUUAUAAGAAAUUGUAAUAACUACCUUUAUUAUAGAAUGUUUAAUAACAUGAGAAAAUGCCUGAUAACCUCAGUUAGGAUUCACAGGAAAUUUUUGAUACGAUCGAUCCAUGUGAAUAUUUUGUCACCUGGAUUUCAUUUUUCGAAUGUAAAUACUCAAUAUUCAAAUAAUGCAGUUUACAAACGAUUUUACUGUCAUGAUACGAUCGAUGAGAAAAAUGUAACGAGUGCCGAGUUGAAAUAUCAUAGGCAAAAGUUGAGUAAGCAAGAGCUGGAUGAAUUUCUGUCCGAUUCCGAUAAUUACAAGCGUUUCCAAAUAUUAGAAUUAGAAGUAGACGUUUUGCGACACAAUGCUGAAAGAGUGCCUAAAAAUAUUGAACCAAAAGAUUGGUUGUGUCUGCUAAAUACAAGGGUCAAAACAAAAAGAAAAAAAUACCUUCAGUUCUUGUGGCGUAAUGAGAAAAAAACAGAACAUGAGAAGGAGAAGAAAGAGUUGAAGAAGGCUAAAUGGCUUGCCGAAAAGCAAGAAUUGACCGAGGACACCGAUGAAAUGAAAUAUGGCCUCUUGUAUAAUUCACUAUUUUUGCGUAUAUAUGAAACAACUAUAAACCACUAUUACAAUGGCAGAUUGAUUCAGAAUAUGAUGUUUGAGCCGAAGCUAGUGUUUGAUUGUGGCUAUGAGGACCACAUGACUAAACGUGAGCUACACAAUUGCAGCAAGCAGUUAGCUUUGUCAUUUGCUCAUAAUCGCAACCAUGCCAAUCCUCUGUGUCUUUAUUUCUGUAAUUUUAACAAAGAUGGAUUACUCAAGCAUCAUCUUCAUCAAAACAUACCUACUUUGAUGCAAGAAGAUUUUCCUAUCACAAUAACAUCGCAAUCUUACUUAGAUAUAUUUCCGAAAAAUCAAUUAGUGUAUCUCACUCCACACUGUAGAACAAAUUUGACUAAAUAUGAUCCAAAUAUGGUUUAUAUCAUAGGUGCAUUGGUAGACAAGGGAGAUUCACAACCAUUAUCUUUGGCAAAAGCUAAAAAAGAAGGUAUUCAGAUGGCUAAAUUUCCUAUAAACCAAUAUCUCACUUGGGGUACUAGCUCGUCAAAGAGUCUUACACUCGACCAGUCGAUUAAGGUAAUGUUGGAUUUGAGGCACACAGGAGAUUGGAAAAAGGCAUUAGAGAAUGUGCCAACUAGAAAGUUAAAACCUGCCAGAGAAUAUAUGUUACACAGCAAGCUGCAGAAGUCUAUAUUUUCGAAAAGAGAGACUCAGGAAUCCAGCAUUCAAGAUUUUACAUUUGAAAGCAGGAAAAUGAAUUAAUGUUAAUUAAUUUUAUUGUAUAUUAAAC